UUUCGAACGCGAAGUUCAAAUGUUAGUUACGUGAAAAUUGUUUUUUUUUCAAAGAAAUCUAAACUUUUUCAUCAUGUACGAAAUUCUAACCUAACUUUAUCUAUUUUGGACGAACAGUAGCAUAGUGUGAAGUAUGAUGUCCAAUGGUAUUCGGAUUUCUACAAACGAAAUUGGAGGAAGAUCAAUGUCAAGGAACACAAGUUGUUCACUCAAACCAUCGUCAACACUGAAUUCUCCAUUGAUGAAGUUAUCUUCCUACUUCCUAGCUGUAAGACCAUGGUCACUGAGUGUUUCGUUAAUGCCAACACUUCUUGGAUCUGUAUUAGCAUAUCGGUUAAUAGGGUUGGCAAAUUUCAGUUGGAUAUCCUUUGUCCUUACUUUAUAUACAGUGUUUUGUGUACAUGGUGCCGGUAAUGUAGUAAAUACUUAUUUUGAUUAUAUAAAAGGGGUGGACAGCCGAAAAAGCGACGAUAGAAUACUAGUGGAUCAGAUUUUAUCGAAAGAUGAAUUAGUUUCAUUAGGUGCUCUGUUAUAUGCUGCAGGAUGUUUGGGUUUUAUUUUGUUAACUACUCUAUCUCCUGCAAAAAUGGAACACCUAGCACUUGUAUAUUUUGGAGGUUUAUCCUUUUCAUUUCUUUAUACAGGAGGUAUAGGAUUCAAGUAUAUUGCGCUAGGUGAUGUUCUUAUUUUAGUUAUGUUUGGCCCCAUUUCUGUUCUGUUUGCAUUCAUGGCUCAAACUGGUUACUUUGAAUUAGGUACUAUAUACUAUGCUAUACCUCUUGCAUUAAAUACAGAGGCUAUUUUACAUAGUAAUAACACAAGAGAUUUAGAAAGUGACAAAAAAGCCGGAAUAGUAACACUAGCAAUUUUAAUAGGGCAUACUGUAUCUCAUGUAUUGUAUGCUUUUUUAUUAUUCACACCAUAUGUAACUUUUGUGGUGCUUGCACUAAGAUAUUCCAUUUGGUUUCUCUUACCAGUUGUUACUCUACCGACUGCCUUUAAAAUAGAAAAGCAAUUUCGAAGCCCACAUAUGAUUCAGAGCGUGCCUAAACAAACAGCUAAAUUAAAUAUGUUUUUGGGCAUUUUGUACGUUGUUGCAUGUUUACUCGUGGAUCCUCUUCCUUAUCUAUAAUAUAUGUAUAUCUUGUCUCUGUUCCAAAAAACAACUUUUAUAGUUCAACAGACUAUAUAGGCAGCUAAC